AUGUGUUUCCUUUUAGAAUGGUCCGAUACCGGAAAUAUGAUUUAUCGAAGAGCGCUGCAUACAUCAUCCUUAUUGACGGAUGGAAAAGUUUUAGUUAGUGGCGGAGUGAAUGGUGCUGAUUAUUAUAAUAACAGUACUGAGUUGUAUGAUCCAUUGGCUGAAACUUGGACAGUUAGUGGCAGAAUGAAUUGUGUACGAGCUAUGCAUACAGCAUCUGUUUUAAUGAACGGAAAAGUUUUAGUUGCUGGAGGAGAUGAUAGUCGAAAUACUUUAAAUACUGCUGAAUUGUAUGAGCCAACAACAGGCAUUUGGACAAUGACUGGUACAAUGAAUUUUCGACGAUUCGGUCAUAUGGUCUCCAUAUUACCAAAUGGAAAAGUACUAGUUAUUGCUGGAUCUAAUGGUACACGUUUUCUAAAUAGUGCUGAGCUAUAUGACCCAUCAACUGAAACUUGGACAACUACUGGUAAGAUCGGCGUCGCACGAUUUGAUUUUACUGCAUCCGUACUCACAAAUGGAAAAGUAUUAAUUGCUGGUGGAGUAACUGAUGAGAAUGUUGGACAAGGUACUGAAUUGUAUGAUCCAUCAACAGGAAACUGGACAGCUGCAGGGAACAUGAACACACAACGAUUUGGUCACACAGCAUCCAUAUUAACAAACGGGCAAGUAUUAGUUGCUGGUGGAUUUAGUGAUAAGUUUAUAAAUAUAGCUGAGUUGUACGAUCCAUCGACUGGAACUUGGACAAUUACAGGUUCAAUGCAUAAUGCAAGAUCUUUUCACACAGCAUCUGUAUUAAAUGAUGGAAAAGUGUUAGUUGCCGGUGGAUAUAACUCAAGUGGUUUUUCAAAUAGUUCAGAAUUAUAUGAUCCAUCAACGAGAACUUGGUUGAUUACUGAUGGACUUCAUCAUUCGCGAUUUCAGCAUACUGCAACUGUUUUAACAAAUGGAAAAAUAUUAGUUGCUGGUGGAAGUAUUGGCAAUGAUUUUUUGAAUAGCACGGAAAUAUAUUAA